AUGUCAGAUCUCAUUGUAUACUGUUGUGCUGUUUUUACAAUCGGCAUCUACUUGCUGGUACAGUAUUUUCAGAGUAAACUUCAAUACGACUUGAAGAUUUUGCCCUUCAUCAAAUUCGAAGAUGAUGACAGUCCGGAAAGAUAUAUGCGAGAUACCAAAAGUCUUUUGCACAAAGGGUAUAUCAAGUCCUGGUAUCUAAUCAGUCCUGAUAGCCAUGGAGAAAAUUCUAAUACCGUUGAGCAGUACAUCAAAAAUGGUAUUCCCUUCCGCAUGCGGAACCCUGCGGACUCAAGCUACCCCCAAGUUAUUCUCCCAUUCAAAUAUUUGAGUGAAAUGAAAAACGCAACGGAGAGCAGCUGGAGCUUCAAGCUUUUCUCCAAUCAGUUGUUCUUGCUGGAGUACAUCAACGCACCACAAGUGUCCCAAAUGGCGUCUCACGUAGUCCGUGGGGACCUUAACAAGAAUUUAGAUUGGACUGCACUGCAACCAUAUAUGCUUUUCGCCAACACGAUCGCCCGUGUAACAUCUAUGGUUCUCGCAGGUCCCGAACUGAGCGCCAAUCCAGAGUGGACAACAAUUAUGGUGACAUUUACCCUGACUCUGGUUCAAACUGCUCACGAAGUACGAGCAAAAUAUCCGACUUGCCUACGGCGGCUGGUUCCAUGGAUCCAUCCCGGAGCCAAAAACCUUUAUAAGAUUCGCAAGCGCUGUGCUGAACUCCUUGCCCCCAGCUACGAAAGUCGACGAAUCAGGACAGCCGCCGACGAAAAGUCAUUUGUGGAUGGUAUUCAAUGGUUGAUAAACAAAGAACCCAAUAGAAGAAAAGACCUGAUGGAACUAUCGGACGAACAACUUUUCUUAUCAAUGGCCUCCAUUCAUUCGACUUCAGCAUCCGCCUUGUCCACGUUGUAUGAUCUUUUGGAUAGACCCGAGUACAUGGAUAUCAUUUUGCAGGAAAUUCGCAUGGUGCGUACCGAGGGCACUUCUUCGGAAUGGACAAAGCAUGAUCUGGACCGCCUCGUGAAGUUGGACAGCUUUAUGAAGGAGAGCCAGCGUUAUCAUCCUGUCGGGCAAGUUACGGUCCAGCGUACAAACUCACAGGAUUAUACCUUUGCCGAUGGUUUUAAGGUUCCAGCAAACACACAAUGCUGUUUUCUGAACUAUGAGCUGAACCAUGACCCGGACGUCUACCCCGACCCCGAAAAGUUUGAUGCCGAACGCUUUCUACGCAUGCGAAAAAAAGUGGAUCCUCAAAAGUAUCACUUUGCCUACGUAUCCGAGGAUUCGAUUAACUUUGGUGCGGGGGCCCACUCUUGUCCCGGAAGACACUUUGCAGCAAAUGAGAUCAAGCUUAUGCUAUGCGAACUGCUUCUUGGAUAUGAGCUGAAGUGGCCCCACGGCAAGAGCCGACCGCCAACCAUGUUUCAUGACUUUUCGUCUAAUCCUGAUCCAGCCUUUGAUAUAUUGAUCCGCAAAAGGGGUUGA